AUUGUUAGUGAUGCCAGUCUUUCACACUGUCCACCACCCUACAGCGCUGUUUGCGGUCGGCUUUAGGUGCUGUCUCCCGCACUAAUGCUGUGGGGACCUGUGCCCGAAGAGGAAAGCCUGCGGCACACGACGGGUCCCGCAGGGUGCGUCCUUUUUGGCUUUUUGCUGGGAACCCCGCUAAAAAAAAACACCACACACAGCGCUGGCGGGCGCCCUUUGCGCGACUAGUUUUGGUGGGGGUGGGCUGCACUGUAGCGUGUGUGACUGGCGGGCAGCUGGCGAUAAUUUUUUUUCUCUUUGGAGGGGCACCACGCAGAUCGACUCCUCUCUUUUCCUUCCUUUCUUCUUGCUUCUAGUGAUGAGGUGGUAAGCCAAACAGCAAUCCCCCCGUUGCCAAAAGCCUCGCUUGUUCUCUUUUUUUGCUUUCCUUGCUGCAGGGAUAGUGAAAAAGACAACAAUUCAUACACUUGAUCAUCUAGGACGGGCUGCAUUUUGCCCCUCCCCCGCCAACAUCAUCAUGGUUCGCCAGCAGAUUGUCGGCGGUUCUUGCUACACCGCUGCUGAUAUUCAGGAUCUUACGACCCGAAUUUCCAAGGCUACUGGUGUCGCUGUUAAGAAGAUUGAGGGCAAAUGGGUGUACUACCUUGACCUCAAGGUGUCCAACGCCCAGGUCCUCCAGCACAUCCAGCAACUCCUCCAGCUCGACAGCCACCAGCCUGUCUCUGCCGAAACCAACGCUACCACAACAGCCAUCUACUCGACCCCUCGCUACAUUUCCCCAUGGAGCUCCAAGGCUACCAGCAUUGCUCACGUCUGUGGCAUGAAGGAUUCCGUCAACCGCCUGGAGCGCGGCAAGUACAUCACCAUUGAGUUUGACACCGCAGCCGACGACAAGCGCAUUGCUGCUUUCCGCGACAUCCUCCACGAUCGCAUGACCGAAAUCUUCGACUUCACUCCCCCUGCCAUGGACGACAUGUUUGCUGAGGGCUCACCUGCUCCUCUUACCGUCGUGGACAUCUUUGAGCAAGGCAAGGAGCCUCUCCAAGUUCUCGGUGCCUUUAACAAGGAAAAGGGCCUCAGCUUGGACGAUGCCGAGAUGCAGUAUCUCGUUGAUGUCUUCACCAAGCUCGGCCGUUCUCCCAACGAUGUCGAACUUUUCAUGUUUGCCCAGGUCAACUCUGAGCACUGCCGACACAAGGUUUUCAACUCGGCCUGGAACAUCGACGGCGUCGACAAGGACAAGAGCUUGUUCCAGAUGAUUCGCGAAACCCACAAGAGGACUCCCGACUUCACCGUCUCAGCCUACAGCGACAACGCUGCCGUUAUUCAGGGCGAGGCUGCUCAGUACUGGGCCCCCGACUUCAGCACCGGCGCAUGGAAGCUCACUCCCGAAGUCGUCCACAUCCUCGCCAAGGUCGAAACCCAUAACCACCCCACCGCUAUUUCACCUUUCCCUGGUGCCGCUACUGGUUCCGGUGGUGAGAUUCGUGACGAGGGUGCUGUUGGCCGUGGCUCUGUCACCAAGGCCGGUCUUUCCGGUUUCUGGGUCUCCGAUCUUCUGAUCCCCGAUCAGCGUGCCCCUUGGGAGAACGAUGUCGGUCGUCCCGCUCAUUUUGCUAGCAGUUUGGACAUCAUGCUUGAGGCUCCCAUUGGUAGUGCUCGCUUUAACAACGAAUUCGGCAGACCUGCUCUUGCUGGCUGCUUCCGCACCCUCCUCACUCCCGCUGACGCUACUACUACUGCGGAAUCAAAGGAUGUCGCCGACUGGCGUGGAUACCACAAGCCCAUUAUGAUUGCUGGUGGUGUUGGUACUGUUCGCCCUGAACAUGCUCUCAAGGAGCAGCAUUUUGUUCGCGACGGUGCCCACGUCAUUGUUCUUGGUGGUCCUGCCAUGUUGAUUGGUCUCGGUGGUGGUGCUGCUUCUAGUAACGCCUCUGGUGAGAGCAAUGCCGACCUUGACUUUGACAGUGUCCAGCGUGGCAACCCUGAAAUGGAGCGCCGUGCUCAAAUGGUUAUCAACACCUGUGUCAGCUUGGGUAUCGACACCCCCAUUGCCAUGAUUCACGAUGUUGGUGCCGGUGGUCUCUCCAACGCCCUUCCUGAGCUUGUUCAGGAUGCCGGUUUUGGCGGCAACUUCGAGCUUCGCCAAGUUGAGAGUGCUGACCGCAGCAUGUCUCCUCUUCAGAUUUGGUGCAAUGAAGCUCAGGAGCGUUACGUGCUCCUUAUCAACGCUGAAGGCAUGAACCGCUUCACCAGCAUCUGCCGCAGAGAACGCUGCGGCUUCUCUGAUGUUGGUACCGUUGUUUCCAAGAACACUGAUGCCGGCUCUAGACUGGUUCUUACCGACAGAGAAUCCAACGAAUACCCCCGUCCCAUUGAUCUCCCCAUGGACGCUCUGUUCCCUCCUAAGCGCCAACUAAAGCGUACCGUUACUUCAGUCAAGCCCGCUCUUGCUCCUUUCGACGCCUACGCCAGCCUGCAAAAGGCUUAUGGUGCCGUGAGCGACUCAGAGCUUCUCAGAAAAGCUGUUGAGCGCGUCUUCCUCAUGCCUGCCGUCGGAUCCAAGUCUUUCCUCAUCACCAUUGGUGACCGCACUGUCGGUGGUCUGACUGCUCGUGACCAAAUGGUUGGGCCUUGGCAAACACCCGUCGCCGACGUUGCCGUCACUGCUACUUCUUUCCAAGUUGGUGGCAAGAGCAAGACUGGUGAAGCCAUGGCCAUGGGUGAGAAGCCCACGCUUGCCCUCAUUGACCCUGCCGCUUCGGCUCGCAUGGCUGUUUCUGAGGCCCUCAUGAACUUGGGUGCUGCUGAUGUCCUUGAUGACCUGAAGAGAGUCAAGCUUUCCGCCAACUGGAUGGCUGCUGUUAGCCACCCCGGCGAGGGAGCCGCUCUUUACGAAGCUGUUCAAAGCGCUAUGGAGAUUUGCACUGCCAUUGAUGUUAGUAUUCCUGUCGGCAAGGAUUCCACUUCCAUGAAGACAGUAUGGAGAGACAAUGGUAAGGCCAAGAGUGUCACCGCCCCUGUCUCAGUCGCCAUUACCGCAUUUGCUGUUGUUGAGGACAUCACCACUACUUGGACUCCUCAGCUCAAGCGUGUUGAGGAUGUUGGCGAGACCAUUCUCUUGUUCGUCGAUCUUGCUGAGGGUCGCAAGGCUAUGGGCGGCUCCGCUCUUGCCCAGUCCCUCAACCAACUUGGCAACGAGGCUCCUGACAUGAAGAACUUUGACCUCAUCACUGACUACUACGAUGCUUUGUCUCAACUGCACAAGAGCGGCGUUGUGCUCGCCUACCACGACCGAUCCGACGGUGGUCUACUCACAACCGUUGCUGAGAUGAUGUUUGCCGGUCGUUGCGGUGCCGAUAUCAUGCUCGACGGUAUCUCCAAGUCUGGCAGCGCUGCUGACAUGAUUGACGCUCUCUUCAACGAAGAACUCGGCGCUGUUUUCCAGGUUCGCGCCGAGGAUGAAAUCAACUUCAAGCGCUGCUUUGCUACUUGCGGUCCUCCUGCUGGUCUUAUCCGCAAGUUUGGUGUUGUUAAGGCUUCCAGCAACCAGAGCCUCACUAUCCGCCAUGCUGGUGUUGAGUUUGCCUCUCUUGGCCGCCCCGAGAUGCAGCAGUGGUGGAGCAAGACUUCGUACCAGAUGCAGCGCAUCCGUGACAACUCUGCCUGCGCCGACUCUGAGUACGCCACCAUUGCCGACAACCAGGACCCUGGUAUCACCUACAAGCUUACCUACGAGCCCAAGGACACCAUCCUACCCCUCGCCAGCUCCAUCACCAACUUCUUCAGCAAGGCUCCCCGUGUUGCUGUCCUGCGUGAACAAGGUGUUAACGGCUACGCCGAGCUUGCCUUUGCUUUCAAGGCUGCUGGCUUCGAACCUGUUGACGUCCACAUGACCGAUAUCCUCGGCGGCCGCACCCUCGCUGACUUUGUUGGUCUUGCUUGCCCUGGUGGUUUCUCCUACGGUGAUGUCCUCGGUGCCGGUCAGGGCUGGGCCAAGUCCAUUCUCAUGCACGAUGCCACUCGCAAAGAGUUUGCCAACUUCUUCCAGCGCCCUGAUACCUUUGCCCUCGGUAUCUGCAACGGUUGCCAGAUGCUGUCCCGUCUCAAGGAGCUCAUCCCUGGCGCUGAGCAGUGGCCCAACUUUGUCGACAACAUCUCCCAACAGUUCGAGGCCCGUUACUCCAUGGUCAAGGUUGAGGAGAACCCGUCGCAGCCUUCUGUCUUCUUCCACGGCAUGAACGGCUCAACUCUUCCCGUCGUAGUAUCCCACGGUGAAGGCCGCGCCCUCUUCAACUCCCCCAACGCCCUCCAGGACCUUACUGACAGCGGCAUGAUCCCCAUCCGCUACGUCGACAACCGUCUCAACACUACGGAGACGUACCCCUUCAACCCCAACGGUAGCCCUGGCGGUGUUGCCGGUGUCGCCAGCAAGGACGGCCGUGUCGUUGCCAUGAUGCCUCACCCCGAGCGUACUGUCCUGUCGCCCGUCACCAGUUACGCUCCCAUGGGCUCUGCUGAGCAGUGGGGAGAGUACGGUCCUUGGAUCCGCAUGUUCCGCAGCGCUCGUCGCUGGGUGGGUUAGAGCAACGCGGAGCAUCUGAUCACAUUCUUAUCUAUUUCUUAUGUUUUUAUCGUUUAUUGGCGUUUAUGGCUUGAUGCAGCAGAUUAUUUAGAAACCAGAAUACAUAACAAGAUUUUACAUUUUCCAUGAUAUCUCCAUCAUCUCUUUAAAUCCAUCCGCCGUCCACUGCGUAAACGCUACCAGUCACAAAACUGCUAUCAUCACUUAGCAGAAAGCAAAUUACCUGUGCUACUUCUUCCGGUGUGCCUUGGCGUUGAAUCGCACUGGGGUCGUCAAACGGCGCAUCGACCGCACGGCCCAGCUGAUCCCAAGCCUGCUGCAUCAUGGGCGUGUAAAUGGCACCAGGAGCCACGGCAUUGAUUCUAAUUUCUCGUUUUCCUACUUCUUUUGCGGCUGCUUUAGUCAAUCCUACGACGCCAUGCUUACUAGCACCAUAUGCAGCAUGAUAGGCUUGGGCUACAGUACAUCCAAGUUAGUGCCGCUGCAACUGACAUACUUGGGUUGUUUGCUACUCACCGUUUGUGCCGUGAAUCGAGGCAACAUUUACAAUGGACCCUUUGUCUGCAAUAACUUUAAGUUGUGCCCUCAGCGAAUACAUGCACCCUGUAAGGUUGAUGCCAAUGAUACGCUCCCACUCGUCGUCCUCCAGCUCGGCAACCGAUCCGACAGAAUGGUUCUUGCCAAUCACACCAGCAGCAUUGGCGGCUCCAUCUAGACGGCCGUACUGUGUGACAAUCCCAGAAAUCCACUCAUCAACAUCUUUUCUGUUUGCUACGUCGACUUUGGCGACUGAGUGUGCAAGGUCGGCGUCGGAGAAGUGGGCGGCGGCUGCCGCGAGGGCGGGGUCAGAGAUAUCGGCGAUGCAGGGCGUUGCGCCGCGCGAGGCGACGAGUUUAGCAGUUGCGAGGCCAAUGCCGGAUGCGCCGCCGGUGAUGGCGAUGAUUUUGCCUUGAAG